UCACGUCGCUUAUGUAUUUUAUAAAACCGAAACAAUAAUUGUAAACAUGCCUCGAUAAACCAGUACAAUACAAAUACAAUCAUUUUAAAACCGAUUUAAUUUUGUUUUUUUAUUCCUAAUUUUCUAUUAUCCUAAUUAACUUUUACAAUUAUGUCUGGAUCAUCUUCUCUUUUAAUGGGUAUCGAUAAAAUUGCAGACAACUCUGGUUAUUUUGUAUUAAACCGUGAAGGUGCUGUUUUGUCGUCAGCUGGUGACCUUGAAAACGAUGAAGAAACAGCAAAUCAGAUAUUGGAUAUUAUUUAUUCUGCAUCAAAAGUUUCUUUGUCCAAAAAAGAUGAUGAAUAUUUCCAAAGAAUCUCAUUAAUUUACAGUGAAUUUGUUUUGUUGGUAACCGUGUGCAACUCGCGAAUUUUUGUCGUAAAGCGACCGCUGGCAAAAAGUGACAAAAACGAAUAGGAGUUUAAAUUUUUUUUUUGUAGUUAAUAAUUUUUUGUGUGCAUUUAUAUGAAUUCUUUUUUUCUAAAUAGAAAUAAAAUAAAAAGUUUUAAAUUAAAAACAUUUGCCACAAUUUCGUAGUACUUCAUAAUAAGGAUAGUAUUACGGUACGGCACAGGUACAAAAGUAUUAUGUUUGAUACGUCAUAAAUAUUAGUUUGGAUAAAAAAGAAAAAUACAAUAAGAAAAGUAACAUUAAUAUAUUAAAGAGAAUUUCAUUUAUAAAUUGUUGUGUCUGAUUGUGUCAAGUGUAAUAUAAAAUUAAAUUUUUGUUUUAAUUAGAAAAAUUGUUGUAUAUUUUAAAAAACGUUUCUUAAACGGUAUUGUUUUCUUUGUAAUUUUUAAUGAGAAAAGUUGUAUAUUUUAAAAAAAUAUUUCUUAAAUUUUUUUUUUUUAUGAAUUCAGUCAAUAUUAGUGAUUUUGCAAUUAUUUUUCAAUUCAUUCUUUAGAUCUCUUUAGCUGUAUUAUUUUUAGAGCUCAGAAUAGCCGAAAAUAAAUUUGUAUACU